UCCUCCCCCUUGGCGCUGGAGGCCCGUCUUCUCAGCCCAGCUUCCCGCCUGCCCCCUUUGUUUGAAGCUCUAGUGAGGGGGUGGUGAUGGGUGGGGGGACAGGCUUCCAUGCGACCUUCAGCCCCUUGUACUAGGGGAAAGUGUCCCUUAUUCCAGGAGUCUGCUGCCGGCCAACAGGGAGCCUUCGUCCAGUCCCUCUUUUGCCUGGAGGAGGAAGCCAGGUGGUGACUUCUGGGAAGUACAAUGGCUGUCCAACUGCUGUGGCAGAUGGUGUAUUUUCUGCUGAGUCUGUUUUUUCUGGCUCCAGGUGCCCGUGGUGGCAGCCCCCGAGAGGACUUCCGCUUCUGUGGCCAGAGGAACCAGACGAAACAGAGCCUCCUCCAUUACGACCAAACUUCAGAGCUGCACAUCUCUGUGUGGAACACGGAGGAGGCCCUCACGAUCCGUGCCCCCUUCCCUGCAGCCCCUGAGCGCCCCCAAUACUUCCCAGAGCCCAGAGGGCUCUAUCACUUCUGCCUCUACUGGAGCCGCCACACCGGGAGGUUCCACCUGCGCUAUGGCAAGAAUGAUUACUUGCUGAGUAGCCGAGCCUCCAGCCUCCUCUGCUUCCGGAAACAGGAGCAGAGCCUGGAGCAGGGGGCCCCACUGCUUGCCACCUCCGUCAGCUCCUGGCGGAGCCCCCAGAACUCCAGCCUGCCUGGGGCUGCCAGCUUCCUGUUCUCUUUCCACAAUGCCCCACAGAAAGUCUCCCACAAUUCGUCUGUGGACCUGUGUGAUCUGAAGAAGGAACUGCAGCUGCUUAACAGGUUUCUGCAGCAUCCUCAGAAGGCCCCCAGGCGGCCCUCGGCGGCGCUUAUCAGCCAGCAGUUACAGAGCCUAGAGUCAAAGCUGACCUCUGUGAACUUCGUGGGAGACGCAGUAUCCUUUGAGGAGGACCUGGUCAAUGCCACAGUGUGGAAGCUGCCACCUACAGCCGGACUAGAGGAUCUGGAAAUCCACUCCCAGCGGGAGGAGGAGCAGAGUGAGGUCCAGGCAUACUCGGUGCUGCUGCCCCGGGCUCUCUUCCAGCAGACCAGAGGCCGUCGUGGGGAUGCCUCCAAGAGGCUCCUGGUAGUGGACUUCAGCAGCCAAGCCUUGUUCCAGGACAAGAAUUCCAGCCAAGUCUUGGGUGAGAAGGUCUUGGGUAUUGUUGUGCAGAACACCAAAGUUAGCAACCUCUCAGAGCCUGUGGUCCUCACCUUCCGGCACCAGCCACAGCCGAAGAAUGUGACUCUACAGUGUGUGUUCUGGGUUGAAGACCCAACAUCUAGCAACCCUGGGAGCUGGAGCAGUGCAGGCUGUGAGACUGUCCACAGAGACACACAGACAUCUUGCCUGUGCAGCCACCUGACCUACUUUGCAGUGUUGAUGGUGUCAACCACGGAGGUAGAAGCCACUCACAAGCACUACCUCACGCUCCUGUCCUACGUGGGCUGUGUCAUCUCUGCUCUGGCUUGUGUCUUCACCAUUGCUGCCUACCUCUGUUCCAGGAGGAAGUCACGUGACUACACCAUCAAGGUACACAUGAACCUGCUGCUGGCUGUCUUCCUGCUGGAUGUGAGCUUCCUGCUCAGCGAGCCUGUGGCACUGGCAGGCUCUGAAGCAGCCUGCCGCACCAGUGCCGUCUUCCUGCAUUUCUCCUUGCUUGCCUGUCUCUCCUGGAUGGGCCUCGAGGGCUACAACCUCUACCGACUGGUGGUAGAGGUCUUCGAUACCUACGUCCCUGGCUACCUGCUCAAGCUCAGCAUCGUGGGCUGGGGCUUUCCUGUCUUCCUGGUCACUCUGGUGGCGCUGGUCGAUGUGAAUAACUAUGGCCCCAUCAUCCUGGCUGUGCGCCGGACUCCGGAGCGUGUCAUCUACCCUUCUAUGUGCUGGAUCCGGGACUCCCUGGUUAGUUAUGUCACCAACCUGGGCCUCUUCAGCCUGGUGUUCCUGUUCAACACGGCCAUGCUGGCCACCAUGGUGGUGCAGAUCCUGCGGCUUCGUUCACACAGCCAGAAGUGGCCCCACGUGCUGACUCUGCUGGGCCUCAGCCUGGUCCUUGGCCUUCCCUGGGCCUUGAUCUUCUUCUCCUUUGCUUCCGGUACCUUCCAGCUUGUCAUCCUGUACCUCUUCAGCAUCAUAACUUCCUUCCAAGGCUUCCUCAUCUUCCUGUGGUACUGGUCCAUGCGGUUCCAGGCCCGAGGUGGUCCCUCCCCUCUGAAGAGCAACUCGGACAGCGUCAAGCUCCCCAUCAGCUCCGGCAGCACCUCUUCCAGCCGCAUCUAGGUCACCGCCCCACCUCCCCGUGGGAGGACACAUGCAUGGCGUCUGCUCACAUUGUCUGUGGCUCGGUGCUGUGCCCAGCCUUUGUUGGUUAGUGGCAUUCUAGAGAAGGCCCUGGUCCUUGGAAGGAUAGGGCGGUUGCUCUGAUAGAUAGACACCUAGCUGGCCUUGGGGACUACUCUGCUCCUAGAUCUGGUCCCCGAAGCACACUGCCAUGCUGGCUGUGGGGCUGUCCUCACAGCUGUAUCAGGCUGAAGCUGAGGCGUUGCCUUACUGGUCACCUCUGGGCCCAGCUGUUGCUGGUGGGUGUUGAGACUUGCAGGCCCAAGCUGGGGUCAGGUUAGAUCUUGGAGGAUGACUCAUCCUAACUGUUGUCCCUGCCUGAGACACAGCUGCCUUGGCUUUUGCCACUCUGUCCCUGUGGUUGCCAUGCAGCCCUCUGCCAGUCUCUGACUUUUGAUCCUGAGGGUGAUACUGAGGAUAGAUGGGCUGGGAGAAGCUUUGGAGCCAGAACCCCUCAGGAGGGGAGCACCUCCCCCCACCUGCCUGCCAGCCCUCCUCUUCCUUCCCCACCCCCCUCCUCCUCUGUGGUCCCCUAGCCCCCACCUGCAGCUUGGGGUCCCAGGCCAAUGCUGUGAUUUUGGGGUAGCAGUUCCCAGGAGCUGCUAUAAACGUCUAUCUGCUGUGGGCCUUGGCCCCUCACCACCUCUGGCUCAGGGCAGGUUCCUGGGCUGGACCAGGCCAACCUGUCUGAGCCUCUCUCCCAGCUGCCUCCCCUUGCUCAGAGGAGUUUCCGCCUCUCCUGACGCCUCCCUUCAACAAGAACUGUGGGAAAUGGGGCUUUUUUUCAACCCAACGUUCUGAAGACCAAGACAGCCCUCUCUGGUGACACUGGUGGAGGUUGAUGGUCUCCUGAGGGAAAAUCUUCCAGUCUUAGCAGAUGGCUCUGAGGACACUGCCUAUUGUGAAUUCUGACCUACUAACACACAUUGGUCUUGUGCCGGGUGGUGCAAACAUAGAUAACCAGACCUGGCAGUAGCCCUUGAAAGCUUCCACAAUGUCCUGGAGAUUUAGUUAUAGGGCUGGAGAACCACCGCUUGUGACUGGGAAUCCAGGAGGACUUCCUGCAGGAGGUAACAUUUCAUCUUGCCCUCAGCCUUCAAGUUGGGAAGGAUGUUCUUUUUAAAUACCAAUUCAUUUGUCUUUUGAUAUUAAAGAUCUUUGUAGAGAGUUUGGAAAUUGUAGGAGAUUGUCGAGAAGAGAAAUAAAAAAUAAAAAAAUCAGCUGUUAUCUGCUGCCUUAGCAAA